GCCGUGGCCCCCGACCUGCUUACACGCCUUCCUGCUAUGGACGCGUCGCCCGGGACUCAUGAGUAGCAGGAGCACCGGCUGGAGGCUGUGGGCGGUGAAGGCGGCGCAGCUGCUGGUGGCUGUGGUGCUGCUGCUAGCUUGUUCGGCGCUAGCCCGCCCCGAGGUGCCGCCGCCGCCGCCGAUGCCUUCUUCUUCUUCUUCCUCUUCUUCCUCUUCUGCGCCUUCGUCAGCAGCAGCAGCAUCGGAAGGCCGCCAUCACUGCCCCAACUGCGUCCACCCGCGAUCGGUGACGCCCCUGGAUCCCAGGGCCCAGGAGGCCCUUCAGACGCUGCGGAUCGAAGGCAUCAAGCAGCAGAUCUUGAGUAAGCUCGGCCUGAGGGCCAAGCCCAACGUGACCUCCAAUAUCCCGAAGGAGGUCCUCAUACAAACCCUCCAGCGCUCGGAGGAGGACAUCGAGGUCCUGGAGAAGUUCAAGUCGCCCGCCGACGGGCCUGACGGAGGAGGAGGAGGAGGCGGCGGAGGUGGAGGAGGAGGCGACUCCGAAGAGGAGGAGCUCGACGACGACUACUACGCCAAGACUUCCGAGAUCAUCAGCUUCGCAGAGCCAGGUCCCCCACUGAACAACCACACCCUCCUGGAGUUCACGCAGAGCGACGCCGACGUCGGAUCCCUGCGCGUGACGGAGGCCAAGCUCUGGGUGUACUUCAGUAGGCCCUCGGGCGCAUCCAGACACCAUGAGCAGUCGUUUUCCUCUUCGUCCUCUUCCUCUUCCUCUUCUUCGUCGUCUUCGUCGUCUGCGUCACCAACGCGGACGAGAACUAUGCUGUGGGUGUUUCGGGUGCCGCCUGACGACGGAGUCAGGAAGGGCUCGUCCAGAUCGAGGUCGUCCUCUAUUCCCGUGAACACGGGUGCCAAGAUGAUAGCUUCCCACGAAGUGACCGCCACCUGGGUGGGGUGGCGCCGCCUGGACGUGACCCAAGCCGUGCAGAAGUGGUUCACGAGGCCCGGGGAGCGUCUCCGGCUGCUGGUGGACUGCAGCAGCUGCGGCGGGGAGCUGAAAGCCGAGCUGUUCACGGCUCGCAAGCACAAGGGCGCUCACAAGCCGGGCUCCCGUCGCAUGGAGGCGUCCCACCUCCCCUUCCUCGUGGUGCACACAGCGCCCACGCCCUCUAGGCGUCUCUCGCGACGCGCCCUCCAAUGUGAUAAAAACACCCAGUUGUGCUGCAAGGAGAAUCUCUUUAUCUCGUUCAGAGACCUUGGCUGGGACGACUGGAUCAUAGCGCCCAGUGGGUAUAACGCCAACUACUGCAAAGGCUCGUGUUCCAGUGUUUACAGGACACCAGACAGUUUCCCCUAUUUCCAUUCCAAUGUCAUGGAAGAGUUUCGUCGGCAUCUGCCGGCCGGGGCCCUCACACCGUGCUGUGCACCCACUAAGCUCUCGCCCAUGUCCCUCAUAUAUCAAGACGAGUACUCGAACAUCAUUAAGCGCGAUGUGCCUCGCAUGGUGGUGGAGGAAUGCGGGUGUUCGUAACCAGCGGCCUCAUCGUAGCAUCGGAGGAAACUUAAACAAACAAAAAAAGAACAAAAAACAAACAUAAAGAAGGAUUUCAUAACUAUUCCCUCCCCAACCAAAAAAGAAAUACAUAAAUAAAUAAGUAAAAAACAAAAAAAAAGAUAUAAAAAGAAAGAAUAAAUAUGUUUUACUAAAGCCGCAUGUGUGAUGGUUGACUGUGAUUGGUGCGCCCGCCGGAGUCUCUCGCCUCGCUCGGGCGCCAAAAAGUGUUCCCGCCAGGAACGAACUCUGGAUAUAGUCUGAUCUGUGAUCAUAUCUUUAAGCCAAGUUGUCGUUGUGUUGUUAUUGUUGUUCUCGUUGUACAGACUGUAUAAUGUGUGCACCCGACGUGGUGGCAGCAGUAAGUAAGUAGUCCGCUAGCAAACAGUGUGCCAUCUCUUUUGGCAUCGACAGAAAUAAAAACGCAAAAAAAAUAAAUAAAUAAUUCCUCGUGCAGUGUUUCAUGGUGAAGUCAGAGGGAAUCAUUCUCACUUUCCCCAGCCCCAGCUCUUCCCCACCCCCACCCCACACUUCCCCACAAUCCCCACAGCAAAUAAUAUAGCAAAAAAUAUAACCCCACAAAAAAAAGGAUUGAAAUCUUUUUGUCAGCGAGUGUCUGAGGCGAUGGUCUGUCUACCCUGCCUUAAAAUGAUGAACCUGACGGCUGCUGGCCCCCACUGUAAGUGUGAAUUCACUGCCCCAUGCCCACCGCUACACCUCCCCCCCUCUACAUGCCCUUCCAUUGGAUAUAUGAUGAUGCCCCUCGCUAUAUAGCCUGCUGCUCAGCCUGCGCCCAAGUGACUGUCUCCGCCCACCAGCCUGUGUUCACACGCCCCAUGUCCGCCCAUGAUGUUAUAAUACUCACGCAGUGUCUGCCUGGUUCAACUCUCCAUGUCUGGGUCAUGCCGCAUCGACCCCUCUGCAUUUAAGGUCAAAGAGCUUCGUUUCCAGCAUCUCUUUCUCUCUCUCGCUCUCUCCUGUAACACCACACACACACAUGCACACAGACAAAGAUUAGUAACAAACAGCAGCAGCAGCAGCAUUGACUCUUUCCCCACGUCCACGUGUGCCUGCGCCGUACCAUCUCUCUGCUAAGGGUCCCGGAAACUCACCUUGUAGUACCAUCCACAAACCUCAAGGAUCCCAGACACCCACCCUGAGAGGCCCUUCCUCCCUUUCCCCACAUCCAGUUGCGCCUGCGCCGUAUAAUAUCUCUCUGCUAAGGGUUCCCGGAAACCCACCUUGUAGUACCACCCCAAAGCUUCCUAGGUCCCAGACACCCACCCUACGAGACACCACCCCUCCUCCUACUCCUCCUCCUCCUCCAACUCCUUACUUCUAACCUUGUCAUUACCGAUGUCACCCCUUUCCCAUUCGUCCACUGGAAUAUACAUCCUCCCAGCUUUCACCCUCGUGCCCUUUGGGAAGGCCGGAUGAUUAAAAAAGAGAAUAUAUAUAUAAAUAUAUAUAUAUAUAUAUAUAUAUAUAUAUAUAUAUAUAUAUAUAUAUAUAUAUAUAUAUAUAUAUAUAUAUAUAUAUAUAUAUAAAUAUAUAUAUAUACAAACACACGCUGUUUCCACGGGGCACCCCACACAUGUACUCAAGAGGACGGCAAUUUCUCGCGAGUGUUAUUACGUUCUUCAGAUUUAUAAAAAAAGAAAAAAAAUAUGGUGUUUUUAGAUAAUGUUAUUGUGAUUCCCCCCGGUUAGCUAAUGUGAAAUAUUUAACCAAGUGAACCCAGCCAUUCGAUAUGCGAUAUAAUAAUAAAAAAUAAUAAUAAUAACAACAACAAUAUUAAUAAUAAUAAUAAUAAUAAUAAUAAUAAUAAUAAUAACAAUAAUAACAAUAAUAAUAAUAAUAAUAACAAUAAUAAUAAUAAUAAUAAUAACAAAGAGAUUAUGUAAUUAUAUAUAGAUAUGCUGGCUGUGAGACUGAUCAUGAUGAGGUGUUCUAGACGGUAAACGAAACAAACACAAAAAAAAAAAAAAUUUUAAAUGGAAAAAAAUGAAUGAAAGCUGUGAACAUUAUACAAUGAAAACCGAACGGUAUUUUCAUCGCCAUCGUCAUCAUCAUCGUCGUCAUCGCCUUCUAACGCGUGAAAAUCAUCAUCUUUACUAAAAAGGCUGUUGAGUCGUGGAAAGAAAUAAACUCGUUUCUGAGCAUCUCUAGGCUACAGCAGUGUGCCAUAGACAUAGGCAUGCAAGCCCUUAUUAGUUUGUAAGUGUCUUCUCAUCCUUGUUUUUUUUAUCUUUUUUUUUUUAAUAAUCGACUAGUUCUCUCUUUGCUAAGAGGUGGUGCUUUCCUCUGUCAAGUGAUCCCUAGAUAAAAGAGCAGAACCGCUGAUCAUUCCACCAAACAGAUGCUUGAGUUAACUGGGCAGUCCACGAGGCCACGGCAGAGCUCGUCUCCAUAAGAUCAGUGAAACUUCAUUCCUACGUUAUUCUAGUGUUAAGGAUGACCUUAGAAAACUGGAUUAGGAUGAAAAGGGCACGAUAUCAACAGCGACGUCGUUCAUCAAGCGCCCCCCAUCCUGGUGCAUAGGUCUAAGGGGAAGGUCCCCUCUGACGCGACCAUUCGAAGGAUCAAAACAAAAGCGGUUCUUCUCUCUCUCUCUCUCUCUCUCUCUCUCUCUCUCUCUCUCUCUCUCAGAAUUUGCAACAAGAGGAGGAGAGGAAAAGGAUAGGAAGAGGCGGAAUAGCAAAAGAAGAAGAAGAAGAAGAGGAAGGAGAAAAGGAGGAAAACGAGACAGGAAAUGGAAAAAUACCGUUGCUAAGUGCCCUGAUAGUACUAAAAAAAAAACACCGAAAAGUGCCAGGCUUCUACAACUCGCCAUUCCCCAAGGUUACAAUUUCUAACCCUCACCUUCACCCUUCCCCCCGCCCCCCACCGCCCCCCCCUUUACUACUUCAAGUCUCCAGCCUAAGGUGAUAGUAACUAAUAGAAUAACAAUAUUACUAACAAUAAUUAAUAAUAAUUACAACACAGAUGAUGAUGACGUCACUAAGAAGCAAUGAAGAUACGCCUAGGUAUAAGCUGCGUGAGAUCAAGUGCUUGCGUGCGUGUGUGCGCGUUUGUGUGUGUGUAUUUGUGCGCAGAUUCUUGUAUGUACUCAAUCUAGGUGUCGCUACUUGCACAAGACAGUGAGUAUACAUACACCCCGUGGUGCUAAAAGGUGUAGUACCAAUAGUUAGUGUGAACAGCUGACUCUCCAACCACACAAACACCCCACUUCCCCACCAGACAGUCCACCCCAUCUCGCCCCUGGCCAAAAUCAUUUAACAUUCCAUUAUCAUAAAUAAAGAAGUUGUUGGAUACAUGAUUCUUCCGUAGUGGAUAAAAUACGACCGGAAACAGAUAUACAAAAUGCUUUCACGAAUAUGUCGUUUUCUGAAGAAGAAGAAAAAUAAAAUAACAAUGAAACUGUUACCUUUCCAUCCCCGCAGAUUGCUUUGUGUGAAGCUUGGCGAUAAAAAUGGUCAAAAAGAAAAAAAUUAAAGAAGAAAAUAAAGUGUAAAUUAUAACAUAACAGCAUCGUAAAGUUGUCGGGUGAACGAGAUAUCACGAUUCAAGAUUCCGUCUUCAGUUUUGUGGGAGCUGGCUAGUCAAGUCGGUCUACAGACUCGCGCCAGUUCCACCACAACUACUAAUACUUAUAUUCACCGCUUUUACACUUCUAAAUCCCGUCAAGUUACGGCAAUCUGGCAGCCUGAAUCCUCCCGUGUGGGGCAAUCCUACAGAUGAAAUGGUAGCAGCCGAAGGACAUCUACGGACAAUUGUUGUAAUUAGGAAGCAAUUGAGUGAAACUGUUAUUGACAAGUGUAUCCUGUUAUCAAAUGUGCCCUAAAGCAUAUGUAUAUAUAUAUAUAUAUAUAUAUAUAUAUAUAUAUAUAUAUAUAUAUAUAUAUAUAUAUAUAUAUAUAUAUAUAUAUACCCAUACACGCAUUUAUAUGAAAUAUAUAAAAAUGUAUGAAUAUACAUAUAUUUACUGAUUUUUAAACUGUAUAUUAACACCUACAGUAUAAGCAUACUGUGUGUCAGUGUAUAUACGCAUAUAUAUAUAUAUAUAUAUAUAUAUAUAUAUAUAUAUAUAUAUAUAUAUAUAUAUAUAUAUAAUGUUCACACGUUAUCAACUCUAUUUAGGACAGUGUUCUCUGCUAUUGUUAUCAUAAUGUUCUCUUUUGCGUGUGCAGAACACACAGGCGAAGAAGGUCUGUUCCAAAGAAAGAGACUCCUCCUGUCACAUUCAAAAACUGGAUAGAGAGAGAGAGAGAGAGAGAGAGAGAGAGAGAGAGAGAGAGAGAGAGAGAGAGAGAGA